AGUUUUUUUUUUUAGUUUAUGGUUUAUCAGCGUUCGUUGUUGGUUGGGCGAAAGUGGCUUUCUAAUCUCUUUUUGUAUUUUAUUUACUCAUUCAUGUGCAUAUUGAGUUGAAAUUGAUUUCAUAUCAAUAUAUGUUUGUGAUACGUGGUGUUGAGCACAUCCUGAAAGGCAUUAUCGUUACGUAAACAUACUGGGUGAUGGUGUAGAUAAAUCAGUAGAAAGCAACAUGGAAGCGCUGACAGUUCCGCCAUGAAUGCAAAAUAAAUAGAAAUUUCAAAGAGGCUGGACGUAACUCACAAGAGGCCAGAAUCUUCACAAUGUUGAGAGGUGGGCGCGGGGGCCGUCACAGUCCGGAGCUGUAUCCCCACACUCUCAAGUGCUCUAAUGCGAGUGACACUAGCUCUGCCUACAGCGGCAGCGACACCAUGACUUCUGUACACAGCUCCCUCGACAUGGACAUGGAGGUAGAUCUGUCUGGACUGCUUGAGUCCAUUGUGGACUCAGAUGAGGAAGAAGAUAUGGAGGAGAGCUUGGACAGUCUCACUGUCCGAGACGCUGUUCGAGAAUGUCUAGAAAAGGAUCCAAGUGAACGCACAGAUGAAGACAUAGAAAUACUCCUAGAAUUUACUCAGCAUUUUAAAGCAUUUACAAACAUGACUCUGACUGUAAGGCGAGCGCUCUGUGCAGUUAUGGUGUUUGCAGUUGUGGAGAAAGCUGGAACUGUGGUCAUGAAUGAUGGAGAGGAACAUGACUCAUGGUCGGUCCUCAUCAAUGGACAUGUUGAGAUUAAACACCAGAAUGGACAAGUUGAGCACCUGGAUGUUGGUGAUAGCUUUGGAAUGGCUGAGGCUACAUUAGAGAAGCUAUACCAUCGAGGCAUUAUGACUACAAGAUGUGAUGAUUGUCAGUUUGUCUGCAUAACACAGACUGAUUACUACAGAAUUUUACACCAAGGUGAGGAGAACAUAAAACGUCAUGAAGAUGAGAAUGGUGUGGUGGUUCUGGUGACGGAGUUCAGGGGUGCAGCCGGAGACUCUGGGCACCAACAAGGACAUGUUGUGAUUAGAGGAACUCCAGAACAUCUAAUGUUGCAGUUGAUUGAAGAUAACUCCCGGGACUCAACCUAUGUUGAAGACUUCUUAUUGACUCAUAGAACAUUCAUUGAGGGUCCUCUGGUGGUGGCAAAACAGCUCCUAUCAUGGUUUUCUGAGCCUUCUGUAAGAGACAAAGUUACAAGAGUUGUACUACUGUGGGUUAACAACCAUUUUACUGACUUUGAAACAGAUCCUAGCAUGAUGGACUUUUUGGAAAGCUUUGAAACCCUUUUGGAAAGAGAAAAGAUGGAAAGCCAACUGAGACUGUUAAAUAUUGCAUGUUCUGCUAAGGCACGGACAAGGAAUGUUACAUUAUCAAGAUCAUCCCGAGAUGAGCCACUGAAUUUCACUAUUCUAGGUGGAUAUGAGAGAGGAUAUGGAAUAUUUAUUCUUAAAGUUGAGAGACACUCAAAGGCAGAGGAAGUAGGAAUGAAGAGAGGUGAUCAAGUAUUAGAGGUUAAUGGCCAGUCAUUUAGGCAUGUCAGUCAUGCAAAGGCCAUGGAAAUAUUUACUGGAUCAACACAUUUAAGCAUUACGGUAAAAAGCAAUUUAUUGGCUUUUAAGCAGAUGCUCCUAGUACCUGAAAACUCUCCACGGCAAAGAGGAUGCACCAACAUGGUGCGAUGGCAAACAGAUCCAAGGGCAAGGCUAUCUACAGCUGAACUAUUGAGUGAUGAUACAUUGAAUCCUGUGUUUCAGUCACCAACUAAGAAACCACAACAGCUCAGUGUCAAGAAGGAACCACAGAAAGGUUUCAUGACAUUGGGCCCAAAAAGAAGAUUGCAAAAAGCAUUGAUGAAGAUGAAUAUACUUCCAAAAAAUACCAUCAAUGAUGGUCUGCAUAAUGAUGACAGUAUUUUAUCCAACACUGAAUCGCUGAGCAAGGCUAAUAGUAGCACAUCAUUCUAUAGUUCACACAGUAAUCCUGACUUGAUAUCUAUUUGUUAUGAUGAAUAUCAAUCAUCUGAUUAUCCUGAACAUGUUUUGAAAGUAUACAGAGCUGACCAAACAUGCAAAUAUUUAUUAGUGCACAAAGAAACAACUGCCAGAGAGGUAGUUAUGUUAACCUUGCAAGAGUUUGGUAUCACUGAUCCCAGUUCCAACUUUGCUCUGUGUGAAGUGUCUGUAGCACAAGGAGGUAUCAUCAAACAGCACCGCUUGCCAGACCAAUUACAAAACCUUGCUGAAAGAAUUGGUCUUAGCUCUAGAUACUACCUAAAAACACAAGGAAUAAGUGAGACAUUAGUACCUGAUGAAAUGGCACCUGAACUUCUGAGAGAGAGUGUUGUGCAUUUCUUACAGCUGAAUGCCGUUGAAGUUGCGGUUCAGUUGACACUACAAGACUUCUGCAUAUUCAGACAAAUAGAGAGUACUGAGUAUGUGGACGAUUUAUUUGAACUGAACAGUAGGUAUGGCACCCCCAUGCUGUCGCAAUUCGCAGAGCUCGUGAACAAAGAGAUGUUCUGGGUGGUCACCGAGGUCGUCACGGAGCAGAACCCUGUGCGUCGCUCAAAAAUAAUCAAACAGUUUAUAAAGGUAGCCCGACACUGCAAAGAAUGUAAAAACUUCAAUUCAAUGUUUGCUAUAAUAUCUGGUCUUGGGCACGGUGCAGUAUCAAGAUUGAGGAUGUCAUGGGAAAAACUACCUACCAAAUACCUGAAACUGUUCUCGGACUUACAAACAUUGAUGGAUCCCUCAAGAAACAUGUCCAAAUACAGACAACUACUUACAACAGAACAGGUCAGAUCACCUGUUGUACCAUUCUAUCCAGUGGUGAGGAAAGAUCUUACAUUUAUCCACUUGGGCAAUGAUACUAAAGUAGAGGGCAUGGUGAACUUCGAGAAACUUCGCAUGAUUGCGAAAGAAGUGAGAACAUUGGUCAACAUGUGCAGUUCACCUUAUGAUCUCUUAACAUUAUUAGAACUCGGGAAACAACCGCCCUCCAAUGCUAUGGUGGCGCUGAACCAACUAACUACGGGUGGAGUCCCGCAAGGACAAGUGACCGUAAAAAGACGGAAAAAGUCCUCAAAUGUACCUAACCCCAAAAAGAUGUUUGAAGAAGCACAAAUGGUACGGCGAGUCAAAGCUUACCUAAAUCGCAUGCAUGUGGAAACAGAUGAAGAUCGUCUUCACGCACUGUCUCUGGAGUGCGAGGGAGCCGGGCCGGCCCCGGCCAUGCCUCGCCGCCGGCACCCGUCACCGUCUCUCUCCACGACCAGCAGCGCAUCCUCAGCCAGUGAGAGCAAAAAGAGUUUUCAGGGCAACAAGUUCGGUGCAGCAUCUCCGCAGGCGGUACGCAAGUUACUAGCACUCUCGGAGCCCGCCAAGACCCGGCCGCACCAGCCGCGGCCGCCGCCGUCGGGCCCGUCGCCGUGCACGCACCGGCGCGACCCGGCCAUGCCCGGCAUGUGCUGCCCGCGCACGGCGCACGAGCGCUCGCACUCGGACACGCCCACGCCGCUGCCCGUGGACCUCUCCGCGGAGAGCAGCAGCGUCACGUCGCUCAUUAUGCCGCUGCGCAAGACGGGCUCGGCCACGUCCAGCGACAGCGGGCACGGCUCGUGCACGGCGGCGUGCGGGCGCCCCGUGCCGCCGCCGCGCGUGCCGCCCGCGCCCUACACGCUGGCGCAGGUGGCGCGCCUCGAGCGCCUGAGCCGCGCGCACUCGCACGAGGGCGUCACGCGCCACGUCGACUACUACCACGACCCGCACGACGACGACGACGACGACCAGCAGGUCUCCGCCGUCUGAACUCACGCACGAGCUGAGUGGUAGUUGGCGUAUGAAAAUGGUUAUCUUAUCACACAUUAGAUCAUGGGCUAACUACCAUUUUCAAAUACCCCUAUGAAUUGGAUCAUAUUCUAUAUUCUUCUCUUUUCAAUCCAUCUUAUGUAUGGUUGCAAGAAGUAGCAAAAAAGAUCUGUACAUAUUCCAAAUCUAUUAAUUUAUUGAUGGCAGACUGUAUAUUUCUGCAGGCGAAACCUUGCCAAAAGAAACUUAGACUGAGGUUCAUUUUAUGGACAACAGCUGGAAAGUAAAUCUAAGGAGCUGAGAAAUGACAAUUAUCAAUCAUGAUAUGAAUACGGCAUUUAACACCGGAAUGCGUGCGCUAUUGUUGAGACCUUGGUAUGUUCGUUCCUGUGAGUGAGUGGAACAAAAUUAUGAUGAAUCGUCUAUUUAUAUGUUUGUGUAUUUCACAAUUUGUAAUCUCACAUGAUAGAUAAAAAGCACGAGUUAAAAUGUAUUUUUCUUGAUAAUAAUAAUGUUAUUAUGAUCAUGUAUGUACCCUAAGUCUAAAGACUGUAUAAUUAUAAAUUAAGAAUUUGUCCUAGUGUUAUAUAGUGUAAAAUUCCAUACUAUUCUAAGUUAUGCCUCUAAAUUUAUUAAUUAAAAUAAUUAUAACCCACCAUUCUCCAGUUUUAUCUAGAAAUGUUUGAAUAAUAUAAAUUUGUAUUAACCUUAUGGUAUAUGUCUACAUUCCGUUUUUGUAUAUUCUUAACAUAAUAUUUUCUCAAUAUUUUAUAACUGUGAAACUUAGACCAAAUAAUAACUAUUAUGCCUUUUAAAAUUACAAAUCAUAUAAUUUAAAAUCCUAGUUUUAUGUUGUAGUUAUGUGGUAGCUUGUGGACCAAUUUAUGAGUUAAUACAUCAUUAUUAUUUUCUAUAGUUGCGACUCGAAUUUUGUUUAUAAUAUGGUUUUAUUGUAAAUAAUAAAAAUAUAAUUACCUACUUCA